GGGAAGGACUUUAGCAUCUCACCAAUCUGUGGGAUAUAUAGCAUUCUUUCCCUGUGAACUUGUAUUACAUGCAUACACGUAUACCCGAUAAUUCAGUUUUUCUACGUCAAACUCCCGUUGAAUUGAAGGAGGAUUAUCCAUAGUGCCUUCUAUAUAAGGUGAAGGCGGUUGCUCGAGGGUUUUAGAAGCACAGCAAGACUUCACUUUUCAAGCCCAAGAGAGAUCCAUUCAAAUGUGCAGCAAGGAAUCAGAUAACCAAAGCAUCUCUCCUGUCAAAGACCACGGACCUGAAUAUGCCGAACACAUUUCAGACAGCCCACAGAACUACAACUUGAAUACACAGCACAUGCUGCCGAAAGCAGAGCCAGAUGAACACAUGAAUGAUGAAGAGGAAGACAUUGCCCAGAGGCUGGCUGUCCUGUGUAGAGGGUCUGCACUUGUCAGUGAAGAAGAGUUGAUUCACCUGUCACAGAUUAAGCCAUCACAGUCAAAAAGCAGCCAACGAUAUCAUACAGAAAAUCUAAUCCAUAAGCUUCAGAGGCAGAUAGAACAACAUGAAAUCCUAAAAGAAUUUGUGGAUUUAGAACACUUGAAGCCACUUGAUGACUGCCAAGUUGCCAAAGCACCAGAAAAUCGGGAAAAGAACAGAUACCGAGAUAUCCUCCCAUAUGAUCUAACACGCGUUCCCCUUGGAGAGAUGAAAGGCUACAUCAAUGCCAGUUAUAUCCGUGUGCCAGUGGACAAAGAUGAACUCUUUUACAUCUCCACCCAGGGUCCUCUGGCUUGCACCACAAAUGACUUCUGGCAAAUGGUCUGGGAAAACCAUUCCAACGUCAUUGCCAUGAUCACGAGGGAAACAGAACAUGGGAUAUCUAAAUGCCAUCGAUACUGGCCAGAGCCUCCCCAUGUUUCUAUGGAUUUGAUCCAGUUUCAGCUGCAGUUGAUUAACUAUCAGAUUCUGGAUUGCUUUGUCAUUAGACUGGUAGAACUGGUGAGCAAACAGACACAAGAGAGACGCAUUGUAUAUCACCUUCAGUUUACAACCUGGCCAGACCAUGGCACUCCCAGAUCAUCAAAACAUCUUGUUAAAUUUGUUCGCUACAUGAGGAAAAUUCAUCAGACAGGCCCUAUCAUUGCACAUUGCAGUGCUGGUAUCGGAAGGAGUGGGGUGCUGCUUUGCGUGGAUAUUUUGUUGCGCUAUAUAGAAAAAGAUAUAUAUUUUGACAUCAAGCAGAUAGUAACACACCUGAGACAUCAGCGCUUUGGUAUGAUUCAGACCAAGGAGCAGUAUAUGUUUUGCUAUGAAAUAGCUCUUGAAGUUCUGAAGAACAUUCAGAGUAUGGGCUCCCAGCUACUGCAGUAAGGAAAACAAGGUUCUCACCAUCUGCUUUGGACUUAAUUUUGCUACUUUAACUCAUUCGAUCAAGAUGGCCAAAGAGCAACGAGAGCUGUUGCAUGACAUGGAAUUGUCUUAUAUACCAAUGACUGGAAAAUGUGGAUUUCUAAAUCAUCGGUGAAGCAAAAUAGGCACAAACAAUGUGGACAAAUGGCUGAAAAUGAGGUAUAAAAAUAUAUGGUUGUAACUGAA